AUUCUAUAUAGUGACAAGUUAAGUGAUAGUUUUGGUCCGAAAUUUGAGUUGUUUGUACUCGAACUUGAGGAAUAUAUGUGUUGUAAUAUUAGCGGUACUCUUGAAAAAGAAUACGAAUUUGUGUGUAAUUUCUCGAAAGAGUCUGGAUUACUUGACCAGGAGCCGCAAAAAUUGAUAUGAUGUUACGUUAAAAGAAUAGCACACAAGCGCGAAUAUGUCGCGGUUGUUGGAAAGAAUCGGUGACACUUUAAAGCUAGCUGAUAGCUCGAAAAUAACUGACAAGAAGAGGUGUGUAACCGAACUUUUGGAAUUAUACCGGAAUGAAGAUGCUGUGAAAGAGAUAUGUCUGAGUUCCGGAAGAGAUGACUCGAGACAUAUCUCCUGGUCGUAUAUCUUGCUUACAGUUCAUAAAUUGGUUGUGGAUGAAGCAGAAAGGAGACAGCUGCCUAACAAGGAGACAGCUGCCAAGAAUAAUGAGAGACAAUCUCUCAGCAGUCUGGUGAUCAGUACUGUUCGUCGUUCUAAUGAGAGUUUGAAAGCCAAAGAGAUUGUCUCUUUGAUAUUGCAGAUAUUAGAUUCCAAAAUUUAUGUACACUAUCAGGAUACAUAUUUAAGGAUAUUGAUCAAAUAUGUGUUGCCUAAGAGUUCGAAUCACAGUGAUAUCACAGUGGAUCAGUGGCGGGAGUUGCUAAAAGUGUGCACCAAACUGUACAAAAAAGCACAUAUUGAGAAACAUAUUGUUCUGGAUGCGUUGCAGAUGAUUGUGAAAUAUUCUUUUUUUCACGUAAAUUUUCUUUUUCACAUUAAGAAUUUGCUGUUGUUUCUCGAAAAUAUUUUUUCCGAAGACCUGAAAAGAGGAAGUGACGAACAACUGGCGGAAUCCUUUUGCCGACUCGCUAGUAGUGUAAGCAGGCAGAUCAUGACGGAAUCCCAUUUUGCGCUCUGUGCAUUUUCAGAGAACAUUGCAAAGGAUAUCUUGCUCUUAAACAGUUCUGAAGAAAAAUACAAAUUGUUGCUCAUCUUCUUGGAGAUUCAUCAUUUUGAAAGUUCUGAUGAGAUACGUUGUAGCACUUUGGCUUCCACUGGCUCGAGCAAAUGGAAAGACAUUCUGCGCAGUAUGUGGUCAUUUGUUCAAGAGAACUGCAAGCUAGAUAUACGAUGGUACAGUUUUAUUCAAUUUGCCAGUGAAGUCGUGAAACAAAUCCAGGAUAACACAAUGAAUGUUGCUUGCUCCCUUGAUGUGAGCUCGUCUCUUGGCAGUUCCUCUCAACCUAAGCGCAGGCGUACAAUAGGUAGAAUAGAGAAUAUCGUCGAUUUUGUGACGGAAAGUAGUCCCGAAGAAGUGUGGCCUGUGCUGAGAAUCUUGACGGAAACGUUACGAAAAUAUCCGCAGUGCUUGAAGUCGGAAAAUCUUGCGCCUCUGUUGCAACGGUUGACGGAAGUCGCUCAACCUCGAGACGAGUCCGUUAUGGAUCACUUGUUUUGUCUGGCCGCGAUACUAAUGGAGAACAAAAUGUUUAACGAGGAAGAUACUCAGGAUGCCACUGUUUACUGGAAUAAAAUUUGGGACUUGUUGUUAAGGUCUCUGGAAGCGAAUCAAAAUGAGGAAUCUGGUCAUGUACUGAUGCGUUGCUUUGUGAAGCGCAAUAAAAUGCCGAACGCAAACGGCAUUCUCAAGUUAUACUUGACGAAGACAAUCGGUUGGACGCGAAACAGCGUGCUCACGCUGCGGCAAUUGUGUGAAUGUGUUUCUCCGCAGGAAUACUCAAGCGCACUGACGCUGGAUUCGUCAUCGCCGGCGUCGACGUCGGCGACUGUAUCAACACCUGUCUGUGAUAGAACGCGUUUGCUAGAUUGGUUGUUAAACAUGCCGUCGCACAAACUAGCGUCGCGACUACGCGUCGAAACUAUUGAGGAUGUUUGCAUUUUGACGGUAAAUCUCGUACUGAAUUCCCGUAACAGACAGAACGUUCGAGCGGAGCGAAAUUAUAACCGUGAACAAGCGGCCAGAAUCUCUUUCGUGCAACGAGACAUUCAUUCGACAGACCUGCCGCGACUCUGUCGCGCUUCCCUCAUGUUUGACGUCGAAUUAUCCGUCUGUUUAACAGACAAAUGUUCUGAGCGAGAUUCGGAAAUGAAAUUUAACAACGGAUUUCCCGUGUCUUGUUCAGAGGACGCAAUAAUUUAUUUAAAGAACUGGCUGUGUAACAUUUUUCAAGAAGAAGACACCAACAAUGAUGACAAAAACACAGGUGAAAUUUACGUCAUCUUGAUAAAAAUUGCGCUCUUGGCGAGAUUGCUGUGCGCUUUGAAACAGCUGAGUAUUCUUACAUUGGAAGAUACCGUCGGUUGUAUGCUGAUCGCUCAGUUAGAGAAGCGUCUGAAGAACAGCUUCGAGAUCCUGGCGAGAAUCGACUGGAGCAGAUGCAAGUACGCGUACUUGCUCAGCGUCACCGGAGCGUUGAACGUGCUUUAUGGUACAACUUACGACGCGGACGUCGCCGAGAUAAUCGUUUCAGCGUCUACGGAGAAAAUGUUAAAAAAUAUAUUCGAUUUACUAAACAUUGACGACAAUCGAAAUUACGGAUCUUACAACAAUGCUUUUCAGGAGAGACGUAGACGUUCGAGCGUAUACUCCGCCGAGUCGUCCGAGUUUGCAACAACAGGUUUUCCGCGCGAGCGUGCGAUUUGCUUGCGGGUAGUCGAAGCUUUAGCUUCGUUCUGCGCGCUGCACAUCGGCGUGAACAAGUCUGCGCUGCAGAAAAAAACAAUGAGAAUUUUGCAAACCGUGCAUCGAAACUUCGCGAGUUACGUGGAAUCCGAGAUACUAUUGACGAUUCUUGAUUCGUUCGUUUCGCGCGAUCGGAAUGAGAUACCGCGCGAAUAUAAGAACGAGCCGAUAGACUUCUUCUUGAGCGUGUGCGAGAAAGAUUGCGGAAGUGAAUUGUUGCGUGGAUUGUUCAAUCUGCUGCCUUACUUCUUUGAAUACGCGAUCAAGUGUGAUUACUCGCCGAAAACAAUUGUCAAAACGCUCGCGCGACUUUACGAACGCAUUCAUCGGCGUAACUGCGGCGUUCUUGUUCAUGUGGAUUAUAUGAAGUGUGCCUGCGGUGUCGUGCGGAUCGAUCCGAGUUUCUCUUGGAAUAGCGUUGGCGAUUCCGACGAUGACGUAACAACGUUGCUCAACAGCGUUCUUGACUACAUCGGCAACGAACUUUUCGUUCUGCGUUCGCAAGCGGUGCGAUGCCUGCAAUUGCUUCUGUCAUUCGAGAACGUCGUUCACAAAUGGAAGGAAUGGAUCUUCGUUAAAGUGGAGAAGAUCGUAUUCAAACUGGUUGAUGAGACGGCAAAUCGGCAAUCGACUUCAGAUUUGUCUGACAAUAAGAACCUGCGAGAUAGUCAACGACGGGAUGAAAAAGAAACCACGACUGCUACCGCGCUUCUUACAUUGGCUUCCGUAACAUGCGCCAGCCAUGUUCUUCAGGGUAGCGCCUUGUGCGCCAUACUACGGCUGACGGUGAAGCAUGUGGAGAAUUUGCAAGUAGUGCGCAAGGUCCUUUCGGUAGCGGCACGUUAUACAACAACAAACGUCUCGCUUAUCGAGGAUAACUUGAGUUAUCUGUUAACAUACUGGUUGAAAGACGUGCGGUAUCCGCUGCAAAAGUUUCCUUGGAUACUCACAGGUAAGCUCGCUUUAACGAGCGAGUUAUCGCUUGCGAUUGUGACAAAGUAUCUAUUUUUGUCAACAGGAUGCGAAACACCGGACAAGUUUUUCAGAAAAUACGUCAAUUGCAUAGUUCCGAUUCUUCUGCGUACUUCGGAUCUUGCUGAGACCACGGUCUUCUGUAUCGAUCGCGCCGGUCUGCCUUUCGAACAAGUCUUCGAGGAUGUUUUUCCGUCGUGCUUCGUAUGGCUGGUGGCCGAUGCCACCGUCGACGCCACCCAGUGGUCCGAUGGUAACGUCAACGUACUGCGAAAGUUGAUGCAAAAUACAGGCGAGUUUGCGAAGAUGGUAAAUUUCAGCGAGCUAUUUAAUCUCCGCUUCCAAGACGUGCUGGUAGAAUUGGUGCAGCGAUUGCACGACGAGGACGAUUUCAAGCGCGUUUUGUCGAUUAAAAACGUGUGCUUUCCGGCAACGGAUCCGCCGCACUUCUCGAGGGUCAAAGUGGAUCGUUGUUUUAUUUGGCUGGAAGAGAACUUUCUGGAGAAGUCAAUGACGCGCGUGCUAGUUAAACGGCAACCGGCGAUUCUACAGAAGACGCUGUUGCGACUCGCAAGCGCCGUGCACACGUCGCGUUCCUGGCACGAUCGACUCAAACGACUGCAUCAGUACGCAUAUUUCUACACGCGCGUCUCGUGCGAUCUGGCGGAGUCUAUCUUCGACGACAUGGCUGCAUUUCUGGUGCGAGACGUGUGCUACAGUCUUUUGUAUUUAGCGCGGAGCGAGAACAACGCAUUUGCAGAGGUGUGUUGUAAGUUUUUAUAUCUCUUUCUUCAAAGAGCGCUGCCCGCGAGAGCCGGAGAGGUUCGAGAUAUCCUCAGAUUUAUCGUGGCAAAUCUGAUCGGCUUGACGCAAGCGUCGAGCGGCGAUGUCCAAGUCGCGGCGGCGUGUCUUCUCAAAUUUCUCAUAGUGGAACAGAAAGAUGUGCUUCGCGAAGCUAUCGCCAAGCUAGGCUCGUUCCCGAAUCACGAAGUCUUUCGAGACGCGAGAGAAGCUUACAAUGCUGUGAAAUCAAAACCGAACGGCGUAUGCCUCGAGGAUGAACUGGAGCAUUUCCUGGACGCAAUGAGCGAGGAAAAUGCCGAAUGUACGUUGGAGGAUCUUGCGAGUUUAACGCGGCAGUUGUCGACGAGAAAGAGAGACCUGAGAGAAUUACGCCGAAAAAGUCCCAAGGACUGUGCCAACAACAUCUUGUACCGACUGAUAUUCAAACUUGUCAAACUAACGGAAUCGUCCAAUCCACGUGUUUCGACGGAAGCCACCAAGUGUCUGGGUGAAUUAGGCCCGACAGAUUCUAACGUGGCUUUACGGCCGUCCGGAAGUCUUGUCCGAGAAUCGAAUCACGCGAUAGAAGCUCUAACGUACCGAUCGGUCGCGAUGUUAAUGAGCUUUGUCGCGGAGAACUCUGUGCAACUUCGCAAGGUAAGUGCCGACGCACUGUACGCUGUGUUAUCGACUUCCUGCGGCCAGAAACUAUUUGAUCGCGAGUACUUGAAGAACUUAUCGAACGUUCUUGAGGAAUGUUCGCCUCUGAAGAUCGAUUACAUUCGACCGUUUGCAUGCAGCGGUUCCGUGGCGAAGCAAACUCUUUUUUCGGUGGAUUUCGCGCAAUUUCGUGUCGUCAUAAAUCCAGUAAACACUUUCUGGAUCGUUAAGGAUGGCGAAACUUACGCCGAUUGGAUUGUGAAUGUCACUUGCAGCAUUGCCGAGUGCUUUCAGGAUUCGUAUUUGAAGAGUUUCUUGCCAGUUUGUCGACUGAGUAUCGAAUUCUGCGAGUUGAUCUUGCCAAGAAUUUUCUAUCUCGUAAUUUACCAGAGCAAAAACUUCAACGCCAUGUGUGAUUGUGUGAACCGUUUUUUUAGGCAUUGUUUUGCGAUUAGCCAGGAAGAGGAGGCGGCGCAAAAUGACAGCUACGAUUUGAAAAUUGUUCGCCGCAUGUUAGACGUAGUGAAUCACGUGCGAGCGCAGUUGGAAGAUGGGACGAUGUUGAAACUUGACUACGUGUAUUUAGCCAAAGCGGCGCACAAAUGUUCCGCGUACUACUCAGCUUUGUUAUUUGCGCAGUUGGCUUGUGAAUCGAUUUCGACGGACUAUCCGGACUUUAGCAGAGAUUCUAGAAUCGACUUUAUCUACGAACACGAACCGGAAAUCGGCCGAGUGCUGCAGCGUAUUAUGUUGGACACGUAUCUGAACAUCAACGAUCCGGACGCUACCUGCGACGCCGGUUCGUCGCAUCUGCUCGAUUACGAGUCUCGAAUGCAGUAUUACGCUCGCACUAAUCGUUGGGACAAAGUCAUGCUUGCGAAAGACAUCGAGUUGUCAUCUCACAGCAACGGUUAUCCGCUAUCGACGAGUGGAAAUGCCAGGAUGGAAAUGUCAAACGCGCUUCGCAACUCGGGUUUACAGUUUCUUCAAUGGCAGUUCCAGGGCAACUGUUUAGGAGAAAAAUUCAGUUAUGAGUGUGCUUGGAGACUCGGCAACUGGAAUCUACCCGAUGACCACGCUGUUUCUUCCCAUCGUAAUGAUCGCAAACCGCAACAGUCGCGACUGGAAUUGCUGGAAGACGCGUUUCACGCGCAUCAUUAUCAAGCGCUCAAAUAUUUUCAUGAAAACGACCGGCACGGUAUGGAGCAAGCGAUCGAGCGUGCGCGUAAGAUUGUGAUCAGUGAACUGCGAUUAAUCAGUCUGGAGAGCAACCGAACUGUAAAUGAGAAAUUGUCUCAGCUGCGAUUGUUACUUGAAAUUGAACAAUUGAACUGGGUAGCCGAUUCACCGGAUGAAAAGUGUCCAGUGAUAUUACGACGCUGGCAGGAGCACGAAAUUGGUUUGACUGGUCAGUACAAUUGUGUGGAACCGAUUUUGUGGCAGCGCAUUGUUAUGUUCCGUGCUCGAGAAUCACUGCGAGCAAACAUUCACGUGCGCGACGCAUUUUUCGCUACCUGUUUGGAUCUGGCGGCGCUCGCGGAAAGUCAAAGUGACUUUCCCGUGGCUACUCGAGCACUGGACAGCCUGAGAACGUAUCCAAAUUUAUCCGCGGAACUACGGAACCAAUUUCUGUAUCAAGAAUCGUUGUUAGCGUGGAUGAAUUGUGACCAGAUAAUAGCGCGUCGUCAGCUGCGCAAUCUGAUUGAAAAGAACAAGCCGAUACCGAGCUUGCGAGCGAAAGCGUUACGAGUCUAUGGUGAUUGGAUGGCGGAGACCAAAUCAGAGAAUCCGCAGGUAGUGAUACAGAAAUAUUAUCUGGAAUCCAUUAAAAUCAGCGAGACUACCAAACAAACGGCCGAUGUCGUUAGAAAUCUAUACAGUACACAGGCUUCGUUGGCGCGUUUUGCCGACGCGCAGUACGAGCAAAUUAGUGGAUAUAUGAAGUCACCGAUAUACGAGUCGCUGAAAGAGUAUGCUCGCACUAACGUCCAAAUGGAUCAGGCGCAAAUGAUGAAAAAUCAGGAUCUCAAGCGCGCUGUGAUAAUUAGUCAUAAGCAGUCGACCAACGAUGCAGCCGAGUUGAAAUAUAUCGAACAGGAGAGGCGCAGCUAUCUCGCACAAGCGCUCAAGUAUUAUCUAAAAACAUUGCGGAACAGCGAAGAGCACGACAUGCUUGUGUUUCGGUUGAUAGCGCUCUGGUUGGACAAUAUGUUUGACGACGAGGUGAACGAGAGUUUGCUAGACGAACUGGACUACGUGCCGAGCUUCAAGUUCGUCCCGUUGUUGCCGCAACUGGCUGCUCACGUGAGCAGCGACGCUGCUGCGGCAACCGACGAGCAGCAGAGCUUUGCUGCGCGAAUCUUUCGAAUUCUCGAACGCUGCGCUUUGGAACAUCCUUAUCACACACUGCCGGUGUUGUUGGCGCUGAAAAAUCUGCACAGCGACUACGAAUACGAUGAGGAAUCUCGCGUCGCGAAAAAAGAAGAACGUCGCGUGCUAGGCGCCAAGAAGUUAUUCAAACAGUUAAACAAGUCGUCAGUGAGCACGAUUGUUCACGAGAUGGAGAUUCUGUCGCGGGCGCUUCUCAGUUUGGCCUACUGGCAUCCUAAGACUAAGUGUACUCCUGGUAAAAGUUAUCAAAUACCACGAGAUCAACCAAUAACUAAGAUGAAGAAUCUAAACAAUGUUCUUCUACCGACGCUCAGUUUGCCAGUACGGUCGUCGUGCAAUUACAACGACGUAGUUGGUAUAAGACUUUACAAAGACACAUGUGAGUUCGUUGGCGGCGUUACUGCGCCAAAAAAAAUUAUCUGCGUCGGCACCGAUGGUGUGCAGCGUCGUCAGCUCGUAAAGGGCAAGGACGACUUGCGACAAGAUGCGGUGAUGCAACAAGUGUUCACCGUGAUGAACACGUUGCUGCGUACGUGCAAGGAAACGAAGCGCCGAAAUUUGCGCAUCAGAACGUACAAAGUAGUGCCGUUGACGCAGAGAUCGGGCGUACUGGAGUGGUGCGACAACACAGUGCCUAUUACCGCAACUCUGGUGGGCACUCCUAGUGCGCCUGGCAUGCAUCGAAAGUAUUAUCCGCGAGAUCUCACCGCGGAAAUGGCCAGAGAUAAAAUAAAAAAUGUUGCACAAGAAUCAAACGAGAAAAAACUAAAAGUUUUUCUCGACUGCUGCAAACGCAUGAGGCCGGCAUUCCAUCACUUCUUCGAGGAGAAAUAUCGUUCGCCCGAAAGCUGGGUUGAAAGGACUCUUACAUAUACACGUAGUGUCGCCGUCACGUCCAUCGCGGGCUAUAUUUUAGGCCUCGGUGAUAGACAUUUAAGUAAUAUACUCAUCGAUGAACACACGGCGGAAGUGGUACACAUUGACUUUGGCGUUGCUUUUGAACAGGGAAAAGUUUUGCCGAUUCCUGAAACUAUCCCUUUUAGACUGACCAGAGACAUUGAGGUCGCUAUGGGUGCGUACGGUAUUGAGGGCACCAUGAGGCGCAGCUGCGAAGUAACCAUGACGAUGCUGCGCGAUCAGAGACAGAUUAUAAUAACUCUUCUUCAGGUUUUGUUAUACGAUCCCCUUUUUACAUGGGCUAUCACACCAGAAAAAGCAUGGAAGAUGCAGAGCGAUGUCAUGAAAGACUUUACAGAUAGCAGUGGAAAGAGUAAGGAAAUGUGUGUUAAAACUUUCAUUCUUUUAAAUAUCGUUUUUUAUAAAUUUUUUUGUUGUUGUUUUUUUUCGUUCUUAGCACUUGUGGAAACAAAUAAGAUUGCUAAAAGAGCUCUUUUGAGAAUUGAGCAAAAAUUACAAGGAACAGAAGAUGGUUUGGUAUCUAGUGUUUCCGGACAAGUUGAGAGGCUGCUGCAAGAAGCACGGGAUCCUGCUAACUUAUGCCGAGUCUAUUGUGGCUGGCAACCAUAUUUGUGAAAACGUUAUAUAAUAUACUUCUUAGAUAUGUUCUCCUAAUAUACCUCUAGAGAUAUGUUCUGUAGUCUGAAAAGAAUACCAGUAUGUAGAGUUUUAACUUUUUAAUUUUACUCAUAUUGCUAAGAUUUAAUUUAAGCAAGAAAUAAGCGUUUUUUUUUGUUU